GUCGUCCUUGCCGUACUUCCUGGUCCCGCCCCAGCACGCAGCAGUCGCAGCACGCGCCACACCACACACAAACAAGGUGGAAAUAGAAGUGCCGGGCCGGCCGGUCUUUGGCUGGUUGGUGAAAAAUUGUGCUUAUGCUAUGCAAAAUGGAGCAGUUUUUGGAAAAUAACAAUUUGGUACACCUGGCUAAGACAUUCGAAGAACAAAACAUUACGGAACUUGGUCUGCUCGAGUUGCUUUCUGAGCAAGAAAUAGAGAAGCUGGUAAUGGGGAAUAUAGGGGACAAAGUUCGUUUAAGAAGGGGGAUUGCUAAUUUAAAAAAAGUAGAGCUUGAAACCUCACAAACAGAAUUGACAUCGGAGGAAAAUUACGAACCUCCAAUGAAAAUUCAAGUCAUAGAAAAGGAAAAUCUGACAGAGGCUAUUACUCCAUCAACCCAAAAUUUAGAUUUGCCCAUUAUUUUUUUAUCAGAACCACUGCAUCAAUUAGCACCAAAUUAUAAUUCACCGAGCACAAGUACAGUCACUCUAGACUCAGCAUUUUCCAUAACAUCGGAGAAUAAUGUGGUAGUGGAGAACAUCAGUGUGAAGGAAAUUUGGACGAAGGAUUUCCUUGGUCAGGCUUUACUGACUAAAGGGCAAGGUCCUAAUGGAAGUCUAAAUAAUUCGGAUAGGGACAAAUUGUGUGACAUACUAGUUACUAAAUUACUCAAUGUUUUCCAAGGAAAAUUAACCUUACACCAUUUUCGAGUGAUUUCAAAAAAAAAAAUCGAAAUCUUACCCAAAGAAAAAAAAAGCACGUACUUCAUAGAACCUAUUUUGAAAAAAGAUUCCCACCGAAACCGAUCCGAACCAGCAAGGGGCAAACUUAUCGAGAAAUAUAGAAACAAAUUAUAUUUGAUUCGGAAAUUAGAAAACUCACACUCACAAGGAACAAAAGGAGAAGAAUGCGAUAAAACUGAUAAUGGGGUAUUUGACCAAUCAGUAACAGACAGUAAAAUUUGGCUGUCAAAAAAUUCUACACCAAAAGCUGAAGUUCUUUUACAUUGGAAAGCCUCCUACUGCUUACGAAAAUUAUCCGACAACACUACCAUUGCUGACUAUUUCCAGGAAUGGCCGAUUUUAAAAGAAGAUAUUGCUCCCGAAUUGGUUGCAUAUGAUUUUGAACAGCUUCAUUCAACAGCACAACUAAAUGUGGAGGCUGCAUUUGAUGCGAUGUUUGCGGAGGUUUAUGACAAGAGAAAAAAAACGCUAACCUCUACAGAUGAUGCUAUAUAUAGCCUACAGCUGUGCGGAAAGUACCACUUGCGAUUGCAGUUUGUCAAACGACGCGCAGCGGAGUUCGGCAAGCAAUCACGUGCGGAAAAGAGACUUUCCCCUCGAGUUAGGAACACUAUUUUUUCUACGAGAUGAAAG